AUGCGUUUAACUUCAAUUAUAAAUACCACAGUAUCGGUAGCGUUAGCCACAGCUGCUCCUGCUAAUCAACAUCAUAAUCACGAGAGAAUACCUGCCGAUGCUGUGACAGUAUCAUCUACCACCGCCGCAUAUGCUGAAAAAAGGGCCAUCGAUAUCAUUGAAGGAAAUGAGUAUGGUCUAGAAGCUGCUGUGAAUUCAGUUGCCACAACUUUCCAAACUGUCAUCACUUCAGAAGCCGCCGUUGCACAAUCAUCGACUUCAUCAUCAUCUUCACAAUCCUCAUCAUCCACUUUUGCGUCAUCUACAUCUUCAUCUGCAUCUUCAUCUGCAUCGUCAUCUGCAUCUUCGUCUUCAUCUUCGUCAGCUUCGGCAGGUGGUGCAAAAGGUAUCACUUAUUCCCCAUACUCUAGUGACGGUAGCUGUAAAAGUCAAUCCGAAGUUGCCUCUGAUUUAGCUCUUUUAACUGACUUCUCAAUCAUCAGACUAUAUGGUGUCGAUUGUAACCAAGUUGAGUAUGCAUUACAAGCUAAAUCUUCAAGCCAAACUUUAUUUCUAGGUAUUUACUACAUGGAUCAAAUCGAAGCUGGUGUUAAAACCAUUGCUAAUGCCGUUUCAUCUUACGGUUCUUGGGACGAUAUUUACACCGUCUCGAUUGGUAACGAGUUAGUUAAUGGUGGCGAAGCUACUGUUGAUCAAGUUUCUUCUUACGUUUCAACUGGUAAAACUGCUUUAACCGCCGCUGGUUACACUGGUCCAGUUGUUUCUGUCGACACCUUCAUUGCAGUUAUCAACAACCCAACUUUAUGCCAAUAUUCUGAUUACAUUGCAGUUAACGCACAUGCCUAUUUCGAUUAUUACACUGCUGCAGAAGCCGCUGGUCCUUGGGUCUUAAGUCAAAUUCAAAACGUCUGGAAUGCUUGUGGCGGUGACAAGGAUGUUUUAAUUGUUGAAUCAGGUUGGCCAUCUCAAGGUAACACAUACGGAUCAGCUGUCCCAUCCAAAGCAAACCAGGAAGCUGCCAUUGCUUCUAUCAAAAAAUCAUGUGGUUCUUCUACCAUAUUAUUCAAUGCUUACAAUGAUUUAUGGAAAGCUGAUGGUGACUACGGUGUUGAAAAAUACUGGGGUAUCUUCUCAGAUUAA